UGAAUUAUAAUUUAAAUAUUAAAUAUAUUAUAUAUUUUGGAACUACUUAGGAGAACCAAGAAUGUCACUUUUUCGACAAUAUUUUGCAGGUAUGGCGGCGGCCGGCGGUGCGCUUGCGUGUGGCUCAACAAUUGGUUGGUCGUCGCCGGUGCAAUCCGAAUUGACUGGUGAAAAUGAUUUUGGCAUAACAUUCUCGACAAAUGAAUACGCUUGGAUUGGUUCAUUAAUGACAUUGGGCGCUGCAACUGUCUGUAUACCUGUCGGCAUACUCAUAACACUAUUGGGCCCGAAAUGGACAAUGAUGUUGAUGGUCAUACCGUUCGAGAUCGGUUGGGCGCUAAUGAUAUUUGCACAAAAUAAAAUUAUGAUGUUUAUUGCUCGUUUCCUGACGGGCAUGGCCGGUGGUGCCUUUUGUGUUUGUGCGCCAAUGUAUUGCACUGAGAUUUCACAAAAGGAAGUGCGUGGCAUUAUUGGUAGCUUCUUUCAGUUGCUCAUCACCACCGGUGUGUUGGUCGGAUUCACAGUUGGUGCCUUCACCAAGGCUUUCAUGUUCAGCAUAAUAUGUGCCACGCUACCGAUUUUAUUCGGUAUAAUAUUCGUUUUUUGUCCAGAUUCGCCGUUUUUUUACGUAAGAAAAGACAAACUAGAAGCAGCGCAAAAAUCAAUGGAAUGGUUACGAGGGAAAGACUACGAUUUUAGUGGCGAACUAAAUGAAAUGAAAGCAAUAAACGCUAAACUUAAGGAGAAUCCCGUAAAUGUGGGCCAAGCCUUGUGCCGCAAAAUGACACUCAAAGCAUUAGGUCUCUCCAUAUCACUGAUGGUGCUACAACAAUUUUCCGGCAUUAACGCAGUCAUCUUUUAUUCGUCAAGUAUUUUCGGAUCUACCGCAAGCAAUCUCGAACCCAGAUUUAGUACAGUUAUCAUUGGUGUAAUGUUGGUGAUGGCAACAAUUGUUUCUUUGUUUGUCAUCGAUAGAUUGGGUCGCGUACCACUUUUAUUGCUGUCGUCCGUUUUUCAGGUGAUCUCUAUUGCUUGCUUAUCGCUCUAUUUCUUUAUGAAGGAGAAUGAUGAAGGUUCUGUGGAAAAUUUGGGCUGGUUGCCUUUACUCAGCAUUUGCAUAUAUAUUUUAAUGUUCUCGGUUGGCUUUGGUCCGGUACCAUGGGUGUUCAUGGCUGAAAUUUUUUCGGAUGAUAUCAAAGGUAUUGCUGGCUCCAUCUCAGGCACAACUAAUUGGUCGUGUGCUUUCAUUGUGACACAAGUCUUUCCAAUAUUAAAUAAUUCUAUUGGUGGCGGCGCUUGUUUCGCGAUUUUCGCUAUCAUAUCGGCCGUUGGUGGAGUCUACAUAUAUUUCUUCAUACCGGAAACGAAGGGAAAAACUUUUACUGAGAUCCAAGCAGAGUUGGAGGGCUAAAGGUAAAGAAAAAUUAAACUAAACGAGGCAGCUGAGCGAUGGUUAUAAAUAUUUUUGCACAUCGGAUGCCAUGAGAAUAAGUUUUGCCGAGAUCAUCCCAGCCGAAUUGGAGAAUCAAGAAAUGAAGAGAAGAAAAACCAACUGGAUUCAUCAACGCACAUGCUUUGUAAGUCGACAUUCUAUUUGCGAAACAUAUUUGUACACCUACUUUGGAAAUAAUAAAUUUUGUUUAGUUACUUUAUAUUUAAA